GCUGCAGGCGGCCAUGAGCGCACCUGUCCCCUGGCCGCGCGGCGCGGCCGCCGGCUAACGGAGCCGGGGCCGUUGGGGCGGGGGCCUGCGGCGGAGCACGGGGGCGAUGAGCGUGAACCUGUCGGCGCGGCCGGCCCCGGCCAACGGCUCGGUGCUGCCGGCGGGCAACGGCAGCGGGGCGGGAGCGGGGGCGGCGCUGGGCGCGCUGGUGCCGGCGGGCACGUUGGUGCCGUGCGCCUGCCUGCUGGCCGUGGUCUUCUGCCUGGGCUCGUACGGCAACCUCAUCGUCUUCCUGUCCUUCUUCGACCCCGCGCUGCGCAAGUUCCGCACCAGCUUCGACGUGCUGGUGCUCAACCUGUCCCUGUGCGACCUGUGCGUGUGCGGCGCCGCCGCGCCCAUGCUGGCCGCCCUGCUCUUCUCGGCCUCGGCCGCCCCGCGCCUGCCGCCCGCCUUCUGCUUCACCUUCCACCUCACCAGCUCUGGCUUUGUCAUCAUGUCUCUCAAGACGGUAGCCGUCAUCGCCCUGCACCGCCUGCGCAUGGUGCUGGGCAAGCAGCCUGACCGUGCCGCCUCCUUCCCCGGCACCCUGCUGCUUGCCCUGCUGCUCUGGGCCACCAGCUUCACCCUGGCCGCCCUGGCCACCUGGAGGACCCGCCGCUCCCGCCUCUGCCUCCCCAUGUCCCGCCCAGCCGCAGGCGAAGGGAAGCUCAUUCUGUACCUGUAUGUCAUCGACUUUAUCUGCUGCGUGGCCGUGGUCUCCGUCUCCUACGUCAUGAUAGCCCAGGCCCUGCGGAGGAACGCCCAGGUGAGGAAGUGCCCUCCCAUCAUGGCGGGGGACGUCUCCCGCCCGCAGCCAUUUGCCGGAGGUGGGGACGGCGUCCAGUGCACCGUGCCUGCCCUGUACAGGAACCAGAGCUACAACAAGCUUCAGCACGUCCAGGCCCACGGCUACGCCAAGAGCCUCGGCCAGCUGCCAGGCCCCGCAGCCGGCAGGCUCCAGCUGGUGACCGCCAUGAACUUGUCGGCUGCCAAAGACUCCAAAGCCGUGGUGACCUGCGUGAUCAUUGUCCUGUCGGUCUUAGUCUGCUGCCUGCCCCUGGGCAUCUCCUUAGUGCAGGAUGUGGUGUCCAGUAACAGUGGCUUCCUCCUCUACCAGUUUGAGCUGUGUGGAUUUACCCUUAUUUUUUUCAAGUCUGGAUUAAAUCCUUUUAUAUAUUCUCGGAACAGCGCCGGACUGAGGAGGAGAGUCCUUUGGUGCCUGCAGUAUGUAGCCCUUGUUUUUUUCUGCUGCAAGCAGAAGACGAGGCUUCGAGCCAUGGGCAAAGGGAGCCUGGAGGUUAACAGGAACAAGUCAUCCCAUCAUGAAACCAAUUCGGCCUACAUGUUGUCUCCAAAACCUCAGAAAAGGUUUGUGGACCAGGCUUGUGGUCCGAGUCACUCCAAGGAAAGCGUGUUGAGCCCCAAGGCUUCUGUCGGACAUCAGCACUAUGCUCAGAGCAGCUCCACCCCAAUGAAUACCCGUAUCGAACCCUAUUACAGCAUCUAUAACAGCAGCCCUUCCCAGGAAGUGAGCACCCCAAAUGGCUUACAGCCUCUAAACUCUUCUUUUGGGUUUGCCAAAUCCCAUAUUGCCACACACUAUCAUACCACUAACGACCUGGUCCGGGAUUACGACAGCGCUUCGGCUAAGCAGAUCCCAGUCCCUUCAGUUUGACUUGGAGUAUGGUGCCAGAAAAGCUUGUCCAAACUUCGUUUGGUUUUCUGUCUCCCCUUGUUCGGUUUAUGAAUGAUUACUCUCCAUACAAAAUUACAGUAUUGAAUCUGAUUUUUCUAGACAGCGGCCAAUUAAAAAUUACGAUUAGUGUUAAUAUUCAGUGAUUUGCACUUGAACUAACCGUUUCCUUGAUAUUUUCUUGAAAGCGUAGGGCUUGUCAAUAAAAAAACAAAAAGGCGCCUUUUAGAUUUGUACCUUGGAAUUGUUAUAGUAGGAUAUUUUUGUUACUAAAUCUUAUGCUGAACCCUGCAGGGCAUUGGAAAUAAGUGAUUAAGUACAUCAUGUGGGAAAACAUCUAAGAAAAUAGCUUGAAAUUUUGCCAGCAUUAUGGUUCGCUAAAUUACAUAUUUUACUGUAUUUUCAAGAAUGCAGAAAACAGUUUGCAUGGAAUUGGGUGGGGACUUGAGAUCUGUUCUAGAGGGACCUAAAUUAAAGGCAUUUCCCUUUGCAGGGGUUGAAACAAGAAAUAAUGUUUUCUUUUAGCAGGUGCCAAUCCUACUAAAGGCUGGCAUAUGGUAUCUGAGUGAAAUCAUGACUAUUUAAGUCAGUGGCAGAAUUUUCAUUGACUUCAGUAAGACAAUGAUUCCACCUUGAGUUGUCUCAAACAAAAUUAGGUAGUUAUAAAAAUAAUGGUAUAUCACUACCUGUUAGGAAAAAUACUUGCAAGAAGCCAUUUUCUUUCUUAUAUGAUAAGAAGGACUUAUUAAAAUUUACAUAUGUAACACUUGAUUUCUGUUGCACCUUUAUUGUAGGCAGUGACAUAAUCAUAUACCAUGAAAUGGAUAUUUUAAGAAGUGUUUUUUAGCUACUCAAAGGAAUUGCUGUGAUGCCUACUGAUAGGUGUUAUUUGAAAGUACAAACAAUUUAGGAAGUAUUGUUAUGCUGGCACUUCUUGCUAGCACAGUUCCUUCUGUAAUGUUCCAAUGUACAAACUAAUACACGAGGAACAGUGUUUUUUUGUCUGUGACUAUAAAUAUGCAAAUGUGGGGGAUUUGAAUCUGACAUUUUUGUGUCAUCGAAUGCAGAUAUUCCUUAUUAAUGCCUACAAUAUAAAAUGACCAAGCAACAAUAUUACUACUGCUCUUUUUUUCAAAUGAUCUUAUAUACUAAAACAUUUACAAUCAUUCUAAUGAUAAACUGAUAUCAAGGUAAAUAUUUUUUGUCUACUACACUUUAUCUGUAGACCUACACAAGGAGCAUAUAAUAGAAGUGACAUAUUUUUAUAAUUCUGAUCAUUAGUUUUGUUGUUUAACAUUUAUCAAAAUGAUUUUUUGUCAGCUUAAGAAUUUGGCAGUUUAAGAAUUUCACUUAAGUGGCCUGAUUUUGAAAACUGCCCAUUGUUUUGAAUGACGGUUUACUUCAACAGGAGCUCGGUACCUCCAAAAUAAUCAAGCCACUUACUUUGGUGCCUAAAUAGGGGUUGAGAUGCCUCCUUUAAGGAAUCCAUUUGGAAAAUGUUGGUAUAUAGUAUUCAAUUCACAGAAAUAUAUUGGUGGGUUCCUUACAAACAAUGUGUUAUAUUAGAACAGGAAGAUAUUCAGAUCAUUGUAAUGUAAAUUAUUACAGUUGUAGUUUUUUAUUUUUAGAAACUAAACUAUUUUACAGUGUUCCUGUUGAAAAAAUGUUGCAUUAACAGGUUUGGGUUUUUUUUAGUUUACAUUUAGUUUAGUUUACAUUUUCUUUAAUUUUGAAUAAUUUACAAAAGGCAUAACAUUAUGCGAACUCAAGUUUCUAACACAGAUGUAAAGUUGAGAUAAUUUCAGAGAGUCUUUUCUUUCUGCCUAGAUAUAUUUUUCUGUGAUAGAAUCACAUGGUUAUCGCUAAAGUGACUAUAAAAGAUAACUCAAAGGUUAACGACUCUUGUUGGGUUUUUUUUGUCUUGGGUUGCUCUUUAACACAAAGAUCCAUAAUUUGGGGAAAAGAAUGGUGCUAUGGGCUUGAUCAUGGGUCUUUUAACUCAGCAUGGGUCUCUUAACUCAGACUAAACACUGAUUGUAGAAAAUGGUUUGGAUGGGGCAUAUCAUGGAGGACUGGUUCUAAGGAAUGACUGCAAGAAUGGGUCUUAUCUAGACUUAACAUGCAGAUCUCUUUUGCAGUAUCAAGGAAGUCGGUGGGAAUUUUAAGUGUGCAAAAACUUAUGGUAGGUUUCUUUUAAAUCUGUAAAGUUUGUAAAGUCCUUUUGUGUUUCUCAAACUGUGCAUUUGUUGAAUUCAUAAGCUUCAUAAAGUGACCAAAUAUUAAAUCUUAUCUGUCUUAGCCAUAAA